AUGGGGCGAUGCAUAAAAAGCAGGAGCCGGAGGGAGCGGGCACCUGCCGCGGGAUCGGGCCCCUUCGCCGCCCCGCUCCGCACCGAGGGUUUCUACCUGCUGGCAGCAAUGGUGAAGGCUGCGAUGCUGCCGGUGGGGAGCCAAGGGCUCAUCUCAGCCACCGAGGUGCUCCUCGUGGCUGCUGUCUUCUGCCUGGUCUUCCUGCUGCUGCAGUCCCUCCAGCAGCACGUGCCCAAGGGGCUGAAGAGCCCCCCGGGACCCAGGGGCUAUCCCAUCCUCGGGAAUGUGCUGGAGCUGCAGAAGGACACGCACCUGGCCCUGACCAAGCUGAGCCAGAAGUAUGGGGAUGUGAUGGAGGUCAGGAUUGGCAUGCGGCCUGUGCUGGUGCUGAGUGGGCUGGAGACCAUCAGGCAAGCCCUGGUGAAGCAAGGAGAGGACUUCAAGGGGCGCCCCGACCUCCACAGCUUCCAGUACAUUUCGAAUGGACAGAGCCUGGCCUUCAGCCCCGACUCUGGGGAGGUGUGGAAAGCCCGCAGGAAGCUGGCCCAGAGUGCCCUGAGGACCUUCUCCAUUGCCCCCAGCCCCACCUCCUCCUCCACCUGCCUGCUGGAGGAGCACGUCUCCAAGGAGGCUGAGUACCUGGUCGCCAAGUUCCUGCAGGUGAUGGAGGAGAAGAAGAGCUUUGACCUUAACCAGUACCUGGUGGUGUCGGUGGCCAAUGUCAUCUGUGCCAUGUGCUUUGGCAAGCGCUACGAGCACAGUGACCAGGAGCUGCUCAGCGUGGUGAACCUAGGCAAUGAAUUUGGGGAUGUGGCUGGUGCUGGCCACCCUGCUGACUUCAUCCCCUUGCUCCGGUACCUUCCCAGCCAUGCCAUGGAGCUCUUUAAGGACAUCAACAGGCGAUUCAGCAUCUUUGUGCAAAAGAUUGUGCAGGAGCAUUACACCAGCUUUGAUAAGGAGCACAUCCGGGACAUCACGGACUCGCUGAUUGAGCACUGCCAGGAGAAGAGUGUUGGGGAGGAUACCCAUGGCCAGCUCUCCAAUGAGAAGAUCAUCAACAUUGUCAACGACCUCUUUGGGGCAGGCUUUGACACUGUGACAACUGCCUUAUCCUGGAGCCUCAUGUACGCUGCCUUGUACCCCGACAUCCAGAAGAAGAUCCAGAAAGAACUAGACCAGACCAUCGGCCGGGAGAGGAGACCACGGCUGUCGGACCGGGGCACGCUGCCCUACACAGAAGCCUUUAUCCUGGAGAUGUUCAGGCACUCUUCCUUCAUGCCUUUCACCAUCCCACACAGCACAACAAAAGCGACAGUGCUGAAUGGCUACUACAUCCCCAAGAACACCUGUGUGUUUAUCAACCAGUGGCAAGUGAAUCAUGAUGAGAACCUUUGGAAGGAACCCUCAGCCUUCAACCCCGAGCGGUUCCUCAACCCUGAGGGGACCGAGAUAAACAGGACAGAGAGUGAAAAGGUGUUGACUUUUGGCCUGGGGAAGCGGCGAUGCAUUGGGGAGACCAUCGGCCGGUGGGAGAUCUUCCUCUUCCUGACCACCCUGCUGCAGCAGCUGGAGUUCAGCCUCCGCCCUGGGGAGGAGGUGGACAUCACCCCUCAGUACGGACUGACCAUGAAGUACAAGAAGUGCGAAUGUUUCCAGAUCAAGCAGCGUUUUCCCGGGAAAAGCUCUCCAUAAGCCACCAGAAGUGCUGCCUUGCAGAAGAAAGCCAGCCCUCAGCGUCAGACACUUAGCCUGCUUUUGAUAAGGCACAGCCCCUUGUUGUGUUGCUUCACUGGAGGCUUGUUCCUCUCAUGGAGAUGGGAGCAGGGUGGGAUAAAGCUGCCUUUGUUGGGCUCUUCGCAGCUCCUGGAGCCAGCUCCGUCACCCUUUCCCACAUGGAUGCUCACCAGAGGUCCAGCACUCAUGCCUCUUGGAGAGAUCCAGGGGGGUCGCAGCCCUGUGGUGGGGAGGAGGAUCCUUGGGGGUGGGAGAAGCAGGGUGGGAUGUUGGUGGGAUGUUCUCUGCCCUGAGCUGGAGCUGCGAUGGACAACUCCCCUCAUUCAAAUAUAAACAAACCUCAGAGAAACCUGACCAGCCUUAUCUCCCAGGGUGAAAGCCUGUUUUCCAAAGCCUUCAGCUCUUUGUGCCAACGGGAAUAGGUGCUUCCCAUUGCUCCAGGUGCCUUCUGAAGGGCUCUCAAGUUUGCACCAGAACCCACAUGAAGAGGACCUGUCCUGUGUGCACCCACACACCUGAAUUCCUUGAAUGUUAACUCAUGAAGUGAAUUCCCGAGUGUUUCUACCAAUCCUUGGUGGCAGACUGCUAGGAAAAAUAAACAUGUCCAUAAGCAGUGCUGCUCCCAAAUUGAGAUAUUAACUGAACUCCUAACACAAAGCCUGGAAAAUAUCAAAGGACUGGGAAAAAGGGACGGGAAGGACAGAGGAACAGUAGGACACUUCUGGCUUUCAGACUAACUGUGCAUUUGCUGCUUUUUUUAAUUAAUAGGGUUUUUUCCUUAUCAAGCAAUAGAUUUCUAUAUCCAGACUAAUUAAAGGAACAAGGAUUUGAGGAC